GCGUUAUUCUCUGCGACAUAAUUAGUUCAAAUUCAACCAAGUGCACAAACGGUCAUAUAUUUAGACAAGUAUAGAGCAGAAUAAAAAUGACGGAAGAAAAUAGUCCUGCGGGGAGUAACAUUGACAAAAAACCUAUAGAUCAGGACGACUAUUUUAUGGGCCUGGCCGUUUUAUCUAAAAAACGUAGCCCAGAUCCUGAUACUAAGGUUGGUGCGUGUAUAGUGAAUGAAAAAGGUCAAGUUGUAGCUCUCGGAUAUAAUAGUAUGCCUAGAGGUUGCGAGAGAUUCUCCUGGUCUAAAGAUAAAUCUAAACAUCUAUUAGAAAGAAAAACUUUCUAUGUGUGUCAUGCAGAAUUUAACGCCAUUAUGAACCGGAACUGUAGUCUUGAGAACUGUACCAUGUAUGUUACUCUUUUUCCAUGCAAUGAAUGUGCCAAACUAAUAAUACAAUCUGGGAUAAAGUCAGUUCAAUACAUAUCAGAUGAAUCUGCAGAGAAAGAUCAAUAUAAAGCUUCAAAAAUAAUGUUUUCCACGGCAGGUAUUGCACACAGCCAAUACGAAAGUACCAAAACAAUAACAGUUGAUCUUUUUGAAACUGAUGACAAUUCUGAUGAGAAUCAAGUUGCCAAUCCUGAGAAUCCAGAUAGAAAUGAAUAGAAAUGAGAUGCAUGUAGAAAAAGAUUUUUAUUUCAAGCACAAAUUGACAGAUAUAAUUCUUCGCAAAUUGGGCGGUGAGCUGGCCAAUUGAUAAGCAUUUCCGCGUUAUCGUGACAAAUGGAACAGAGAAACGAGCCUCGAAGGUGACGUAAGAUGGCAUCGAUGCAAUCGAAUCGAGCCACGAUAACGAAUUUGCUCUUGUUUGCUUCUUCAUCCGUAUCAUUUAAUUAUGCAUGUACAACGUUCGUCCGGCGUGUUCAGCGUCUAUCUGCUCCUUUUGAGAAAUUCAACAUCCGUCGUUUUACACUUUGCAAUUGGGACAUACAACAGUCGCUUGUUGUUGACAACUUUGAUGCAAGGUAUAAACGAAAAACCGUGAAACAGAGGACCAUUUAAGCAACGAUUUGGUGAUGUCGAAUAUAUUAAGUUCAGAAGGUUGAAUGAUUUGACACUAGAAUUAUCGACGACUAAAAAAGAAGAGCAUAAAAGUCAGACACGUUGAAGUAAAAGAAACGGGGAAACUCUACAAUGCAAACGAGAGUUCACGAGCGUUUCAUGCAUUUUGGAAAAAAAUCAUUUAAGUCGCUUUAAAUUUGUGAAACUUCUAACAGAAAUUUAUGAAUCGAUCAGCCAUUUUGAUAGUUCUAGCGUUAAUGUGACUUUUUCUGAAAAUACGCGAAUUAUAUAAAUUAUAUUAGAAAUUAUAAAUUGUACUCAUCUUAACUCAGUAGCGAAAUCUUUCUGCACUGUCUUUUGUUUCUGCCAGAAACAAAUUUUCAAUUGUUGCCAAAGUUGUCAUUGCGAUAAUGUUUAAUCAAAUAUCAAAUUCCUUAUCGAUUCAAAGGCCAUCGAUAACGGGCGAGCGAAACGGGAAAUUAGCAUGUAAUUAUAAAGACACUGCGAGCGUUUCAUUGUUACUGGAAAGUGCUUUUCAACUGGCAUUAUUCAAUGCUCUUUUAUUAAAAUGAUAUUCAUCAGUAAUAAAGAUAUUUUCUCCGAAGUAUCCUUCGAUCCUCCGACUGUUGCAUCCAUAAUUUCCCCGAAGCAAGAACAGAUUAGAAUUUACAACUUUUAUCUUCUUGAAACAUCCCGUGGGAAUCCCUUCGAAACUCAGCAAGCACAUUCGUCUCUUCGUGAGUGUCGCUCACAAUCUGAAGUUUGUGAAUUAUUGCGAUUCGUUUCUACAACGUGGCCGAUCAACUUAUCGCACGGGACAUGUGAUGGCCGCCCACGGAACGACGCGAGUCGCCCGAUUCGCGGCAACGUGUGUUUACGAGCGAUCGCAUUUCGCUCGACUCGAUCGCGAAACAGCGUCACCCACGCGAUCAGUAAAUUAUACUAUGCGAUUUUAAUUAACGUCGUGAUCGCGCGCAAAAUCGCGUUCCGAUUGAGAACGUCGCCUAUUCGACGAACCGAUGUAGAGACACGCAGCAUUCGAUCGAAAGAGAAGAUCGUGUUUAUUCUCGUGCUGAAGUAGAAUAUCGUUUCACGUUCUCUCGAAACUACGAAAUUACGUCGAAAUUCCCGCGAAAGUUUCAAGUUUUAUAAAAUAUCGAGAACUACAUGAUUGACUCAAAAUGGUCAAAAUGGCCAAAAUGGUCAAAAUGGCCAAUUUAUAAUUUUCGUUCGGAUAUUUAACAGACAAUAAA